AUGGAAAAAUAUAAAAAAAUCAACUAUAAAAAAAAUUUACAUUCAAAACCUGGCGGAAAAAAACCCCCGAAACGGUGCGAAAAUCAGAGGAAAAAACCCCGAGUAUGGGGUGAAAAUUGGCGGAAAAAACCCCCAAUGUUUUUUUUUUUUAUAAUAAUUUUUUUUUCAAAUAUUGUCAGCGAGGAUAGAUUUUUAAUGCUUAUUACCGGCUAA